AUGUUAUUGGUAUUUUCUUUGGACGACAACAAACGACAGUUUUCUUUAUUUGAACAACGUUCGUAUCUACAGUCUUAUUACCUCAGCAUUAAUGAGUAUAUCUCGGAAAAUCUAGCAGAGAAGUCUGUUACGAAUCUAUACCUCCAGAAGUCGGUAAUCUGUUAUCAGCAAUUUGAUACUCUUUGUCCGCCAUCGACCUUGAGUUGCGAACUCACUGUUUUGGGAUCAAUGAUCUGUUACGGCCUAUGCAAGAUGCUCUCUUUGUUAGGGUUAGAGGUCGUAUUCCCUCGAUUUUAUUUGCUGUCAGGAGUCUGUCGUUUGAAGUCGAUAGCUUGUUUCCCCAGUAAUGUAUAA